GAGAACCUGGCUCGCGAGUACGACGCAGCGUCCGCUCCCACACAGCGGAGUGGUGCCACCACGCCCAGGAGCGACGCGCCGAGUGGGAGCCGCCCUGGAGGCGCCCUCUUUGCGCGUGACGAGGGGCCUGAUCUUGCGCGAGCCGGGGCACCUGCCUCGCGUGGCUACCCGACGCCGCCCUACUACGAGCCAGAAGAAGUGCAGAGGCCCAGAGACACAGAGCUCGCCCGUGGCCCUGGCCCUGUUGUGCUUCCCCCCUACGCCCUCACUGAUGAGCCUGCGAGCUCCUCGCGUCCCGAGUCGCAGCCGGCGCGAGUGCGACCUGCGGUCGGAGGUCACGGAGACAUCCUGGGCUGGAGUCAGCACGGGCCGGAGGAGCGUGCGCAGAGGCGGCGAGUCGCGGUGCCAGCACCGCAAGGUGCCUCCGCGGGCUUCCUCCAAUGGCCCCAGGUGCAGGUGCAGGAGGCCUCAGAGCCCGGCAGGCCGGGCAGGCGCCUCUACGGCCGAGCUGCGUCGGCCUCCGAGUCGGCGCCCUUUGGCCGCUCCUGCGACGUGAGCGGAGGCAGAGGUGCGACGGCCCCGGGUGCGGGAACCGGAACCGGUGCCACCGCUCCCUUCGGCACCGAUCGGGAUCUCCAGCUCCGGCGCCCCGAAGAUGCAGGCACCGAUGAGUACCGCGCCUCACUGG